AGGAACUCGAAAACUCAAGGAGCUAUUUCGCCGGCGUAGCCAUCGAAGAACAAAACGUCAAGAUAGCUCAGCUAUGGCGCAGAUGGUCCACAGCGUGAAACAAGACAUGCAGUGCCUGGCGGCGAUGUGGUUUGGGAGGAUCACUGGUGACACUCACAAGGAGCGGCUCCAGGCAUUCUACAGCUCGCAGGCACAGGCAUACGACGCUUUUCGUGCCGGCUUUCUCCACGGGAGAGAACAAAUGCUGGUUGAGUGUGCGUCACGGCUCCAGGGACGAUCCGGGAUGGUGUGGGUCGAUUUGGGAGGGGGCACCGCCGAGAACGUGAGAAUGCUAUCCAGGUGCCUGGACCUCUCGGCUUUCCAGAAUAUUUACGUGGUUGAUCUUUGCUCCGCCUUGUGCGAUGUGGCUGCCGCAAAGGUGGAGGGAUUCGGAUGGACCAACGUCGAGGUGAUUGAAGAGGACGCUUGCGAGUUUCGGCCUCCGGCUCCCGCAACUCUCGUUACAUUCUCGUACUCCCUGUCAAUGAUACCGCAGUUUAUCAAGGUGAUAGACCGGGCUCUGUCCUAUCUCGACGUGGAUGGAAUCGUGGGAGUGGCCGAUUUCACGACGUCUGCAAAGUUUGACAAGCCCGAGCGGCAGCACUCUUGGCUCCGUCGUUGGUUUUGGAGGGCCGUGUUUGAUUUGGAUUGUAUUGACUUGGGACCUGAACAACGACAAUAUCUCGAGCAUCGACUUGCAACUGUCUACGAGGAUAACAGCUUUGGCAAAAUCCCAUACGUUCCUAUUCUGAAGGUGCCGUAUUACAUUUGGAUUGGCAAAGUGUGAUUGGUAGUUACUUUUGGAAUAUUAGAAAUACUCUUUAGAUAUUUUCCCUGGCUAGAUACGGGGGAAUAAGAAUGUGCAUUGUUAAAGCAUAACUUAACUUUAAUUUGAGAUUUUUGAGAU